AUGGCUUAUUCAUCUUCGCAGGAGUACUCUUUGCUUCGCAACCUCAACAAGGUCUAUCCCAAGAUCCAGGGUGGCGAGGGAAACUACCUCAAAACUGCUGAUGGAAGAGAGAUAUUUGACGCGGCAGGUGGAGCCGCAGUGUCUUGUCUCGGUCACGGAAACAAGAGAGUCAUAAAGGCAAUCUCUGAUCAGCUCAGCACUGGAACUCCUUACCUUGCAUCCUCAUUCUGGAGCAGCCAGGUAGUGGAGGAUCUUUGUCAGGAGCUUAUUCGCGGUACUGAUGGGAAAAUGGCCAGGGUCUACCUGACAGGGUCCGGAUCUGAAGCAAUGGAGGCUGCCAUCAAGCUGUCUCGCCAAUACUUUCACGAACAGGAUAAGGAAACUAAACGAGCCAAUUUCAUUGCCCGUGAGAGAUCCUACCAUGGCAACACACUCGGAGCUUUGAGUGUCUCGGGCUUCCUCGCCCGCAGGGAGCCUUAUGUUCCAUUCCUAAUGGAGAAUGUCCAUCACGUCUCUGCGUGCUAUCCUUAUCGUCAGAGACUGGACGGUGAGUCGGACGCUGCCUUUGUGUCUCGGAAAGCAGCCGAGCUUGAAGCCAAGUUCCAAGAGCUGGGACCAGACACAGUAAUCGCUUUCAUCGCCGAGCCAGUGGUUGGCGCCGCUCUUGGAUGCGUUCCAAGUGUACCGGGCUAUCUAAAGGCUAUGCAAGAUGUUUGCCACAAGCAUGGUGCACUUUUCGUCCUUGACGAAGUCAUGUGCGGCAUGGGCCGAACUGGCACUUUACACGCGUGGCAAGCCGAGCCGGGUGUGGUGCCUGACAUCCAGACCAACGCCAAAGGGCUCGGCGGGGGGUAUCAGCCUAUUGCUUCCAUGAUGGUAUCAGAACAAAUUGUCAAUGUGUUGAAGAAGGGAAGCGGCCAAUUUAUCCACGGCCUGACCUACCAGGCCAUGCCGGUACAAGCUGCUGCGGCUCUAGAGGUUCAGAGAAUCAUCCGAGAGGACCAGUUGAUGGCAAACGUUGUUGAACAGGGAGCCUAUCUCGGGCAAUGCCUGCAUGGAUUGCUCGGCAAUCAUCCACAUGUUGGAGACAUUCGGGGACGAGGCCUCUUUUGGGGUGUAGAAUUUGUCAGGGACAAGGCGACCAAGGAGCCAUUUCAUCCGAGCCUCGAGGUUGCCCAGAAAGUGGCCGAGGUCGCCAUAACAUCCUCGCGGAGCAUGACUGUCUAUCCAGGCGCGGGGUGUGCGGAUGGUGUCCGUGGAGAUCAUAUUAUCCUGGCACCGCCGUACACUGUGACGAGGGGUGACAUUGAACUGAUCGCCGCAACCAUUGCUAGUGCUGUUUUUGUGGCUUUUCGGGGUAUUUUGCCUCUGGAUAUGCAGAGCACUCAGUAG